AUGACAUCCUCUACUUCCACAACGACAACCAAAACUACAACCCCACCAGCCAAAAAGAGCAAGAAUCUCCCAGCAGAAUCAGCCCUGGACCUCAGUGCCAACUUCGCGAACAACCGCAAAGGAGCAGUGGGCUAUGACCAUGAGGUUUACCUCCAAUUAACGGCGGGGAGGAACGCUGAGAAGACGCCGAAUCAGGUGUAUCGGGAGGAACGUGUUCGGCAGAGGACUACGAGGGCUUUGGAUCCGGCGAUUUUGGAUCCGCAGGGAGAGCCUGGGCCGGUGGAUUUCGAGUGUGCGGAGCACGAGGGAGUUAAGGAGCGGUUGAGGUGA